UAUCCAUCAAUAAUAACAAUAAAAAGCAACAAUUCAAUAGCAGUUUCACGUUGGCAACAAUCAAUUAAAGUUUUUUCGAGAUUUUUCCGUGGUUGAUCAGACUAUCAACAACGAUGGCGUUCAUGGUACCUUUGGUUAAGAAUCAUUAUGAUAUCUACAAUACGCGAUCAACUUUCAAUGAUCAUGAUAAUGGUGGUGGUGGCUUUAUGAUUGGAUCUUCAAAUCAUAACCUUAAUCGUCGUGGUCGUACAACUAGCCAUUCAUCCGAUUCGAAUAACAAAAAAUCUACUAGUGCUGCUGGCAGCAAUAGCCAGGUUGUUUUGAAUGGCAUCGUCCUUCUGAAUGGUAGAUCAUCAUCGAAAUCAAAACCAAAAGUUGUAUUAGCUAGUGCUAGUCGUGCUAAAGGACAAUCACAAUCAAUUCAAGUGCAACAACCCAAACAAAACCAAACAGGUGAAUUAGCACAGCAGCGACAUUCAUUGAUGAAAAAACCAUCUUCAUAUUCAUCUACACAAAGUAUGAAUCAUGCAACACGUUUAUUUCCUCAUGUACGACGUACAGUACGUAAUCCAAUUACAAAUCGUGUUUACAGUUAUUCAGUAUCGAUACCGGAAUAUGUUGCUGAAGAAGAUGAAGAAGAAUUAGCACGAUUAGAGCUAGAAGAAUCAAUUGAACAAUGUGAAUCACCGACAUUAGAUCAGGUUAUGAUUUUUUCGACAAGUGCUCCAGCCGGUACCGGAUCAAUUGAUAAUGGUAUCAUAGACAUUGUCGAUGAAGAUGAUUUCAUUCGAUGUACAGGUGCACGCUUGCCAUCGACUAUUCGUACGCAAACGAAAAAAUCAAAACGAAAUGCGAGCUUUUCAUCAUCGAUGGUCCAUUCCUCUUCAUUGCCAAAUUCACCAGUUAAUAAAAGUCUUGAAUCAUCAUUUGAUGAUGAAUCAGAUGAAUCGAAAUCACCUACAAAUGAUCAUUCACAAUUUGAACGUUGUAAUUCAUCAAAUUCUCGAGAAUAUAUGGAAUUAUUACAUAAGUUCAUUUUACAUCUGAAAAUGUUAAAAUUAAAACGAAUAUUCAAUCCAAAAACUUCAAGCUCGACAGCCAAAGAAUGCAGACAACGUAAUCGAUCUAGCACUUUGGAUGAUUCAAUCAAUUUAUGACCACAAAGAAAAUAUCAUAUUUUGGAUGAUUAUUGGGUUUUAGAAUUUCAUAGGUUCUUGAAUUCGGUCAUCCAAUAUGUUUUUUCAAAUAUUGAAACCAUUGUGAUCAUUUCAUUUCAUCUGAUUCAUAUGACAGAUCUUUUCAUCCAUCCAUUUAC